AUGGAUUUUAUUCCGAGUGACGUUGUAAAAUUUGCCAAAGACAAGGACUUGAUUUCAACAUAUGGCUGGUAUGCUCAAUUUAGCAGAAGGGAUGCGCAUUCUUCGCCUCCUAAGCCACCGCGAAUUAAAACUAUUGCGGAAUUUGCACCUAUGGCUCUCAGAUAUUUAUACCGAAUAUACUUCCCCAACAAACUUGCCAAAACUAUGCCUUUUAUGGAUCAUUUGAAUCCCAUCAAAAUGGAAUCGAUAUAUGGUGUUCCUAUAGGUGGUAUUGGUUGUGGUACUAUUGGACGCGGGUUUAGGGGGGAAUUCUGUCGUUCUAGUCUUCGUCCUGGUAUCUAUCAUCAUGAAGUCAAUUACUCAGAUCAGUUUAUCGUGACAAUAUUUCGAAAUGGUCAAGUUUAUCAGAGAGUGCUUUCAUCCCAAACUAACAACUCCAAUAUUCCAUAUGGUCUUCUAUCUUGGGAAUGGGGAUUUCCAGCUGAUCAUGGUCAUUACAUUGGUCUUUAUCCGCGAUCAUGGACAGUUUAUGAAAUUCCUGAAUUCGAUUUGGUUCUUAUUUGUGAGCAGAUUUCACCUGUGAUACCCCACAAUUACAAAGACAGUUGCCUUCCACUUGGUGUAUUCCACUGGACCGUAUUGAACUUCCAUCCAACGCUAGAGGCGCAAGUCUCAAUCACGAUGACCUGGCGUGGCCCUCGUCAGAACGAACAAUCUCCACCAUCUCAAACUGAACAGGGCAAUGCAGGGGUAGAGUACUGCGACCCUAGACUUCUCAACUCCAUCGUCACGUCUUCUAUUAAGGACGCGACUCGUAACUUUGAAUCAGGGGUGCUUCGCGGAUGCCUAAUGGAAGCUUGUAUUGGCUAUCAAAUCGCUUGUUGCUUUGGUAUUGCUGCCGCUGCUAAUAAUGGGGUUCGAGUGACGCGUUGCUCUGGUUUCCAAUUCAAGAUGUCUAGCUCAAUACCAGGAGCAAGGGCUGUCUCGCGAGUUCGCUCUCAUCUCACAGAAACAACUGAUGACUCUAGUGUUUCCUCGCCGUCAUCCUCCUUUUUGUCUGAAAGCUCAUCUACCACUUGGGAUUCCUCCACAAUCGCCGAGAAACUCAGCUUGCCAAACAAUGGGAUCUUCAAGUCGCACAUCCUUGCUCCUUUGGCCUCGCAGUUCUGGAAGGAUCUUAAGUCAACUGGAGCACUCAGUGACGAGAAUAUUAGCUACAUCCGAAGGGGCGACAGGAAGCGUUCGGCCAAAUUGGCAAUGGCAGUCUGUGCCUCCUGCGUGGUACCACCAGCUUCUGGCAAACAACCAGGAUCAUCUCAUACACCACCACCCUCAGGGACUCCAUGCAAUGGAAGUCGACGACGAACUUUCUCAAAUUCUGUUGACGUAACGAUAUGCUCGCUGGUUUUCGGAGGACAUACAUCAUGGAGCGAUGGAACUACUGACUUACGCUGCAAAUCACUGGCAAUCUUGGAGAAAGUCGAUUAUCGAUUGGCAGGUACCUAUAUUGCGAGAUCCCGCGAUAAGAAAACUGAUUGGAAGGCUAUUCAUCUUCCAGACUGGUACAAGUCCGCCCUCUUCAACGAGCUCUACUACGUCUCUGACGGCGGAACCGUAUGGUUAGAUCCUUUGCCAAUCGUGAACAAUGACACAGAUGAGGCCCCCAUUGAUUAUGUUCGUCGGCACAAUCCAAAUGUCGAAUUGGAUCCACUCAAUGUCACCGGUCGUUGUGAACCUGCGAAAUCUGAUUCGCCUUUUAGAAGAAAGUGUGCAAAUGGUAAUGGCAAAACUAAAUACAACAACAAGUCAUCGAUGACACCACUCCAAAAUCGAAUUUCAUUUGGUAAAGAAAUGGGUCUAUUUGCUUAUCUUGAAGGUGAGUGCUGA